GUGCGACUGGAGUCAGUGCUACAGUUGUGAGCUUUUGGUCGUGGACACAUUGUGACUGUCAGUGAGUCUGUCCAGCGCAUCUAAUGUGGACAUCAAGGCGAAGAGUGAGCCACAUUUAAAGAGUUCAGUGAGAGCUACGAGAGAGUGAGUCAUCUGUCUCUGGCUCCUCUUAUUUAUUGUUUAUUUACAGUUCAUUGAUUCAUGUAGCGAGCAGCAUGUGUUAGUUUUGCGGUCAGUUGGUUUGGGGUCAUAAGUUUCCACAGUUUGUUAGUUAAGGAUUAUAGAUGAUUUAUAACUCGAACCGUAGGAAAUAAUACAUGAACACAUUACACAAGCCCAGAGGUUAAACAUCCAAACAUGGGCUCCACCUUGAUAUUAACAGUCAGAACAUGCCAGAAACCCUUAAAGUCUUUAUUUCACCAAGGAAGUUCAGCUCUUUUUACAUUAAAGACACCGCUGUGCAAGUCGUCGCAGCGACCUCUCUCGGCACGCUUUCUGUGCACCAGAGACAACAACCCCCACCCAGGUGGCAGACAGACAGACGGAAGGAUCGGUGGGCAGAAUGAUGGACAGGGGAGAGUAAGAAAUGGCACCAUCAGAUGUAGGGAAGAGGAACAGUGGUGUGACAAUGUGAAAGAAAGAGAUGAGAGCCCCACUUUUCUGCAGAAGCCUUCCCUCCCCAAAUCUGUGUUUGCUGCCGGGACAGCAAAGAGGACAGCAGAGAUCCUGAAGAAGAAAGCAGCUCUGGUCUCUCCGGACGAGGAGCAGCAAGAAAAGGAGCCAACCACAAGAGGUAGAGAGAAGAUGCAGCCUCCUGACCGACCACUGUCCGUAGCUGAGUGGAGGAAGCUGAGGGAGUCUCUCGGAAACUUCCCGCGCUUUGAGAUUGCGAUGAUGAAUGCGAUGUUCACUGCUGAGACGGAGCUGGAUAUCGUCAAGUCCCUGCUGACUUUUGUAGCCACGGAAACAGGGACGCUGUCUUAUGAGCUGUUGCUACGGUACCUGACACUGUGUGUGAGAUGCGGCCAUGACGCAGAAGUGUUUGAUAUCUACGACAUUAUGAGGGCAAGCUUCCCUUCUCUGGACACUGGAGCCAGCAGCCUCUUCAUCAAGCUCUUCAGCCGGACUGCGAGGUGGAGGGAGGCUCUCACAAUCCUGCAAGAUAUUAAGAAGGCCAUUACUCCAUCACCACGAAACUACGGUUGUGUCAUCUCCGCAGCGAUGUUCCAUGGCGACCUGACCACUGCCUGGGCUCUUUAUGAUGAAUUAAUUGAAAAGGGACUGAGUCCACACCAGGACACCUGGGACUCUCUGUUUAAGGCAGUGGGGAAGACCAAAGAGGAAAAUGGGGAGAAGACAGAGGCCAUAUCUCAGUCUGAGCACCAUGAGAGGCUUCUGGGGCUUCUGCUCUACAUGAGGAACAACCAGAUCUACCCCCAAUACAGCCUCGUGUGCAGCAUCAAGACCUGGUUUGAGAGUCUCACAGGGCAGAACUGGACAGGAAGUUGGACCAGCGUCUCCCCAAAGGGUACGUGUAGGUGUUGUGGGGCUAAGUUAGAGUCCACCCAGCUGACUGAUGAGGAGUACCAACAGCUGAAAGACAGAGUGUUCACUGACAUCAUUCAGGGACACGAUGUUUAUAAGAAGACUACACCACAGGAGUUGCAGAAGUUCAUGUUGUUUAUGAAGAAGAAGCCUGCUUUUGAUGUGGUCAUAGAUGGACUGAAUGUAGCAAAUGUCAACACCGACAAAAGAAAGCAGUCAGAGGGGUUGUUGGCGGUGGUGUCAGAGCUGGAGCGUCAGGGCUUGACUGUUCUGGUGUUGGGGAGGAAACACAUGCUGUGGCCCUCUGUAUCUUGGCCCAGACACCACAUGGACCUUAUCUUGCAGAAAGCUCAUUGCUUCUUCACUGAAAACAUUUCGGAGGAUGACCCCUUCUUGCUGUAUGCCACUUUGAAUUCUGGGAAAAGCUGUCGGUUUGUGACUAGGGACCUGAUGAGGGACCACAAGGCCUGCCUGACAGACAUGAGCACCAGACAGCUCUUCUUCAAAUGGCAGAGAGGCCACCAGCUGGUAUUGAAUGGACCUGUCACCCCACGCAAGAAAGUCCGAUUUCAGCAUAUUUUCAGCUAUGACACCAUUGUCCAGACUUCAGGGGACUCGUGGCACCUUCCCUAUGACGACACAGUGGACAGGAGCACCCAUGAAGUACCACAACAAUGGCUCUGCCUCACCAAAAAGCACUGAACAUGCACAAACUCAUAACUCAUAUGCUUUGAUAAACGACUCUGGACCUGUAGAAAAUAAAACA